UCGUGCUUUCCCGUCAGUUCUGGGCGAGCGGUCGGUCAGUCUAUUUCUACCGUUGAUGGUUUUAUAGAAUUUCGGUGGUCGUGGAUAGAAUAUUGUCCAAGUCGUCAGGUGGAAAGCGGGUGGUGUUUUUGGCGGAUUUGCACAAUUACGGAAAGUGAUUGCUAUUUAUUAAAGAAGGUUUUCAAAACGUCAAAUGUGCUUCAUUUUGGUAUUUUCAAACGUUGACAUUCGUUCGUGAAAGAGAAUGUCUCAUGAAAUGUCAUGAUUCUGGUGUUCAGCUGUUUAAACAUUGAAUCGGAUUGAACGGGGACUAUUGCUGUCUAACGGAGUGGAAGAAAAAGAUAUUCCCCAGCAGGAUUUAGCAGUUAAGCACCAUACAGUAUUAUUUUGAGGAACGAAAAUGAUUGCGGAUUUGUACGCAUAUCUUACCAACCUACCACGAUGGCAUAUUUUCGCAAUAUUCUUCGUAGGAUACUUGUUCUACUAUCUCCUGGAGGUGGUUAAACGUCCAAUCCUGGCGAUCUCGGAUGGACCGUACAAGAAGUACCUCCGCAAAAACAUUCCAAUACUGGGAAUGAAGUUCUGGCCGACAUUCUGGUGCGUGGAAAGUCGGGCUCAGACCGUGUUUGCCAGUAUUAUUCGGUCAAACACCAUACCCGCAAUAGAGUAUCGCCGUGAGGUUCUAACGCUGAAAGAUGGUGGUGAGGUUGCGUUGGACUGGCUGGAGUCGAACUGUGAUAGUGAGUCUCCUCUGAUUAUCAUUCUCCCUGGAUUAACGGGAGAAUCACAAGCUGAGUACAUCAAAUGCCUGGUAAUGGCAGCCAAUCGUAACGGCAUAAGGACGGUCGUGUUCAAUAACCGCGGCCUUGGAGGACUGGCACUCAAAACUCCGAGACUGUACUGUGCAUCCAACAGUGAAGAUCUUUCGGAAGUGGUGAAUCAUGUUAAAAAAAUGAAUCCACAUGUGAGAAUUGGAGCCACUGGAAUUUCGAUGGGUGGUUUGAUUUUGGGAAAUUAUUUGGCCAACUACAGCGAUGAGUCCAAGUCGAUUCUUACUGCAGCGAAAAUAAUCUCGGUACCGUGGGAUGUUAACAAAGGAUCAGAUAGUAUUGAACAGCCAUACCUCAACAGUAUGCUGGGUCGGCAUCUGGCGGGAAGUUUGUGUCGCACGGUACGCAAAUAUGACAUUCUCAGGCACGAGGACUUCGACUGGGACAUGGAUCAGGUUCUGCAGAGCAAAACCAUCAAGGAGUUCGAUUCCCACUUUACUUCGAAGCACUUUGGCUACAAGGAUGUCGACAGCUAUUACGCACAGGCUACGUUGCACAACAAGCUCCACAAAAUUAAAGUGCCUUUGCUAUGCCUGAGCGCAGCUGACGAUCCGUUCCAGCCGCUGGAUGCGAUCCCCGUGAAGGCUGCAGCAAAAUCAUCUCAUGUGGCGAUUCUAAUCACGGCCCGUGGUGGCCAUAUUGGAUUCCUAGAGGGAUGGUGGCCUGCCAAUAAAGACCAGUACAUGGGUCGGCUGUUUAGUCAGUUCUUCUCGGCUGCGCUGUUCGAUCCGAAUAAUGAAUUCUAUCGCACCUCGCAACUGAUGAUGGAACUCAAUUUGCAGGCAUCGACAUCGGUACCCACGACGCCGAUUUCUCGAUCAUCCAGUCCUAUACGGAAGAAAUCCAUUCCAUUCUAAUAGUGAGCAAUUGUUGAAGAUUUGAGGGAGGAAUUGGGUUCUCUUAUCAAAUGCGAUUUUUUGUGAUACCGUUUAAAACGAUGUGUGCAAAUAUUGUUACGUUUGAGUUAUUGAAUACCGUCAAAAACAGGAAAUCCAUAGUUUAUGAUAUACGUAGACCAAAUAGAACAAUGAUUUUAUGCCUGUUGUUGUUUUGAAAUGAUAAUAAAAGUUGUUGCGUAAGUUCACACGCAAUCAUGCAAGUAUGACGUUUUCGAACAUUGGUUAUAGCACUAAAUGUUAUUGCAUACAUUUUGAAAAAUGCAAAUUCCGAAGCUUUAAUGAAUAGUCAAUGUUUCGCAUUGUUGCCUUCGUAACAAAAUAGUAGUCAUAAUGCAUUGGCAUUCUCUGAGGCUGUUUUUAAUAUCAAAAUUGAUACUGCUAUUUUUAAACGGAAACUCUAAUAAAUUGAAUUAUUUUAGAUUUGCGCAGCAACAUACAAUUUAUAAAACAAUCAGUAGCGAGAUAAUUUCAAAACUGCACAAAGCAGAUCUCCAUCAUCUUCGUUGGAAUUACUUGAAAAGGAGACAGCACUAGCUAGACCAACGGGGUACCAAAGAAAAUAUAUAUCAUUACUCAUGGAAAACUCACUCUAUAAUAGAAUAUUGAGCCUAUUUUCACCCUACUCCUAUUAUCUCAAACAAUUUAAAGCCGUUGGUUGGAGAAGCGUAUGACAGCUUUGUUCAACACAUUAGAUCAACUAUUUAGUUAAAAACGACGUAUAGAAGUUGAGUAAUUAGAGGGUGCCCUCUCUAAUAGGGUCAAAAUAGGUCCAUUAUCCUACAUAUAGUAAUAUCAAAUAGUUUUUAUCACAUAUCAUUGAAAUUUCACUACUAUAACCUGGGGUGAAAGUCGUUGCAAUUUUGUUAGAACUGUUCGGAUUUCAUUCAUUACUGCGCACGUCCCACCAACCUGGACUCCGCACUUUCAACGUGCGAGCAAUCUUAAAACUGCGAGCUGUCCAAACACAUGUAUUGCAAGUAAUAGAGAUGGUGAUUUCAUAGACACACCAGUCGAAUUAACCAGUCUAUGAGAAGAAUUUAGAAGAAGAAUGGUAAGUGCUCAGUGUGGUUAGAAUCCAGUUUUUAGUGACACAAUAUGCUUUGGGAUAUAAUGAGCAAUAUUUACCAUAACGAAUAAUUUAUUCACAAAUUGAUGUACAUAUCAAACAGUAGAAUUAUUCAAAGUUUUAAAGCUCCAGGAACUCAUUUCAAACGUAUUAACAUUGUUUCACCGUAUAGUUUCAGGAUUGUGCAGAACAAAAGCAUUAAAAAGGAAUGUUACUCUAGUGUAUUUAUUUGAAACGGCAAUUCAAUAAAAUUCUUUUAGAGGUUGCCCCUAUUCUCCCAAGUUAAUGGCAAUUUAAAGCUAAUAGGUUUAAAGUGAACGGCAAAUCGAAAAAAAUAUUUAUAAAGUGAACAAUACAGAAUAUCUAGAAUCGUUUGUCGUGGUUUAAUUCUUAAUAGCCAAUACCAGCGCCGAGCCUAUUUUAUCUACCCGUGAACGUUUCACCCGAAAAGAACAAUAAACAUACUUAUAAGUAGGAUUUAUAAUAAGCUUUUCGCACGAAACUACUAUUCAGUUUUACGAAAGUUAAGUAUAUAUUUAUUACAUAGCAUUGAACAUCAAUAAUCAAAUCUAAUUACUGCAUGAAGAGGAGUAAACGCAAACAUGCCGAAAAAAUCGGGUCAAUUUCAAUUUCGACAAAAGGUUUUGACCGCUAAAUAUAGUAACUGGCUUAGGUAUACCAAGAUCGAUCGCAUCCGUAAAUAUCAAAUUGAGUUAUCACAGUUCGAAUUCACCCCAGUGAACCGCAAUCAAAACAAACCAAGAAAGCUUAGAUACAAUGUGAAUCGGGUUAGUGUUCAAAUUAAAUUAUUGUUUAUUUGGUAUUCCGCAAAUUCAAAAGUUUUCUCUGUAACUGACGUUAACAAUACAACCGUAAUAUUCCGUUUUUUCGAAUUUUAAUGAUAUAAAUAAAAAUUGUGCGCAACACACGUCCUGCCGAAAAGGUAUAUUGCAGUUAAUACUAUUGAUCAAGAAACCUUUCCCAUGA